UUCUAACCUUACGUUGAAUUUUAAUAGAAAGAGCUGUGCAAAAUUUAAAUUAUCAAUUAAAAUAUAUUCAUACUACACACCCAAAUGUUAGAUUUACAUUUUCAAUUAAUUGUCAUUGCAAAAUAUAAAGUAAAACAUGGCGAUGCUCGCAGAACAACGUUCAAAACGCAAGUGGACACUAAAUCCUCGAGGAAAAUACUGGAGCGAAGACUCAAACAAAUAUGGACAAAAGAUGCUGGAAAAGAUGGGUUGGACGAGCGGUAGUGGACUCGGAAAACAUGAACAGGGUACGACAAAACACGUGCAUCUACAGGUUAAAAAUGAUACAGCAGGUCUUGGAUAUAAUAUAAGUCAUUUAGAUAAAGCAUGGACAGAGCAUCAAGAUAGUUUUAAUGACUUUUUACAAAAACUACAAGUAGAUCAAGAUAAUGUUGUGCAAACUGAAAGAAGUAAAAGUGAUUUAAGUGGAAAAUCAUUGGAGUUGAAAUCUAAGCAGAGCCGUACUCGUGUUCAUUACCAGAAAUUCACAAGAGGUAAGGAUAUAAACAAAUAUAGUUCAAAAGAUUUGGCAAACAUAUUUGGUCAGAAAGAAUUAAAUAUAAAUAAUACUGAUCAAGAUAAACAAAAUAACUAUGAGGAUAAUACUGAUCCAAUUGGUACUCAAGAUAAUAGAGGUGGGAUUAUUGCUAUAAAUGGUGGGAACAUGGCAGAAUAUUUUAUGAAGAAAAAGCAGGGUCUUUCUUUGACAUAUGGAAAUGAAAAACACCAAGACAAUAAUUUAGAAACUGAAUCUGAAUAUGUUGGAUUUGGAUUUACAUCAACAUCUACCAAAGUACAACCUCAUAAUAAUGAAGAGCACAAAGAAUCCCAAAAUAUAUGCAAUUAUGCUUUUGAGAAUCCUUGUCUACAAAUAAAUAGUCCUGAAAACAGUUUGAAUUCUAAUAGUAAGUCUAAAUCUUGUAAAAGGAGAAAAUCUGUUGAUAAUGAAUUUAACUUAAACAAUAAAGCUAAAAAAUUUAAAGAUAUGAAUGACAGUGAGUACAAGAAUGGUGUUGUGAAUGAUGGUUUGAAUUUAGAUUGUCAAACUAAUGAAACCUGUAAUGGAAAAGAGUUUGAAGUAUCUAGAAUACAAUUUGGUCUUACAAAUUCUGCUCUAGAUUUAAGUGAUGAGGCAGAUGAUAAGAAAAGAGUAAGAUUCAAUGAUCAUGUAGAAUAUAGUACUGAUUCUGUGAAGAAGAAGAAGAAUAAAAAUAAAUUAGACAAAUUUGAAGUUGAAAAUAAGAAAGCUAAAAAGAAAAAAAUAUAUGAUGAUAGUGUUGAUAGUGCAGUAUCAUCUGGUUGUGUUAAUGAAGCCUUAGAUGUUGAAGAAACGUCUGAAGAAGUACAUGACAACGAAAUCAAUGAAAGUAAGAGUAAAAAGUCAAAAAAAAGAAAAGGGAGCCGUCGAUCGAAUUUAGAAACUAUAGUGGAAAUACCAGAAGAAGAUAAAGAAGCUUAUGAAGAGAGAACAAAGAAUAAGCGACCUAAGAUAAUAGAUAAUAUAGUUGAUAAUUGUGAACCUCAAGAAAAUAUUUUAAACAAAAAGAAAAAGAAGAAAAAGCAUAAAGAAAAACAAGAAAUCGUUAUUGAUGAUAAAAAUGAUGCACAAGAAACUGCAAUAGGAGAAACUAUUUCAGAAAUAAAUACAACACUUGAGCAGGAGGAGUGUGAAGAGGAUAUUUCUAAAAAGAAAAAGAAAAAGAAGAAAAAUAAAGAUAAUGAGCAAAAUAUAGAAAAAGGUGAAGAUAUUUCUCAAAUAAUGACGGACGUUAGUAAUGUAGAAAACUUAGAAGACGAAAGGACAAACAACUGUGAAACAGAAGGAGAAACAAAACCUGUGAAAGUGAAAAAAAAGAAAAAAGCUAAAAAAGACAGCGAUGUAAAUGAUUUUGCCACUGAAAUAGUGAAUGUGAAGGAUGCAGAAGAUGUUUUUAAUAAAGAGAAUGCAAGCAAUUUACAUGAAAAUGAAAUAAACGAACCAAAUAGAAAGAAACAUGAAAGAUCAGUAGAUGAAUCUGUAAGUAAUGAUUCCAUACAUAAUGCGGAAAUUAUGGAAAAACCUGUGAAGCAAAGAAAUGUAUAUCGAAAGACACCUUCAAACAGCAACCGUAGAAAGUUUCAUACUUCAUCCAAUCACUGGAAUGGAAGACCCAAAAUGUCAAAAAAAUUGAUAUCCUUUUUUCAUAGAAAUUCCGUCAUAAAUUUUCCGGGCUCCAAUUUAAAGGAAAUAAAGGGAUAUGGCGCUAAUGUACAGUGAAGUAUAAAAAGUUGGAUGUAUUUUUAUUAUAUUUUCUGUAUAAUAUAAGU